AGGAGAGGGGAGGGCCCUGAGCGGAGCCCAGGGGUCACCGGCCCCCUUCUAGAAGCCUGGGGGCGUGGGGCCACUGCACAGGUGCAGGAGGGAGAAGGGCUGGCACCCGCAGCGCCUGACACUUGGGAGUCCCACGUCUGCUGGGCCCAUGGGCGCCGGCUCGAGCACGAGGUCACCCCAGGGCCAGGAGGCCGGGGGAGGACGCGGCACUCCCGCAGUUGUCAUGGAGACAGAACGCUCUCCCUCCCCUCGGGAAACUGGAUUGGAGUAGUCCUUUCUGAUUGACAGGGACGUGGCCUUCACCGUCCUUGGCCAAGCGCAUGCGUAAUCUGCACGCAGGAGGCGCCCGAAGGAAGGGAAGGCGGGCUCUUGGAGGAUUCUGGGAAGUGUAGUCGAAGGUUGCCUGACGCGGGCGCAUCGUGUCACCCGAGGCUGGGCAUGCGUGCGCAUUUCUGACGGCCAUUCCAGCCCUUCUCCACUCCGCCCUCUUGGCCUCGAUGCUUCUGCCUGCGUUUGUUUUCUCGCGCCCCGAGGAAGCGCCGUCGCAAGCGGUACAACGGACCAGUCCCUUCUACCGUGCCGAGGCGGGGAAGGGAAGGCGACUAGUGACGUCACAAGGGUUGGGCCUUGCGGGCCACAGAGGAGCUGCCGCCCUGGUGACGUCACCCGUUGCUGGUGCCUCUAGGCAGAGGAGGAGCGGGGGCGUGUAACGUCAUCUGUUGCUGGGGCCCUUCGGCUCAGGCAGAAUAGGGGCGGGGCCUGGUGAUGUCCCCUGUUCCUGGGUCCCCAGGAAGAAGAGGAGCUGGGUCUCCCGAGAUCUCCAAUACUUGAGCACACAGCAGGUGCUUAAUAUGUGCUUGUGGAAUCCUAGGAUGGGUAUGAGAAAAUAAUUCUCAAUGAUGGAUUUCUUGGGGGGACCCAGAGAUCAGUUUCAGUCCUUUUUUCUCACCCUCUUCCCCCUCCAGAAAGUUCAUCUCUUGUCUGGGACAAGUCCAGGGGAACCAAAGAAAUGGAGAGAGACUCUUGCCUAGCUCAGUGAAGGCUCACACCUAGAGACUGGACACUUCUGUCUUUUGCCUACUCUUCCCUGAGGUCAGCUGUAGAGUUCCUCUUCAUGUAGACCACCCUCCAGUCAUGUCAACCAAUGGAACUGAAUGAUGCAGCCCGGUUAGCUUAGAUCCAGGUAUAAUGACCUGCCUCUGUCAAAGGAGGAUAAAACCCUUGGCCAUGCUGCCAGGGUCCAGCUCUCUUGGCCCUCUCUCUGGCCUCCUCUCUUGGUGCUUGCCCUUCUUCUUAGGACAAUGUAGGUCUGAAGGCCGGGGACCAUGAGAAGAUCAAUACUUUACUGAUAUCCAAUAUUAAUUAAUAAUAAAUGCCUAAACUGGUGUAAUAGCAAUUAACUUAUAAAGUGCAGUAGUAGCAAGUGAUUUUAAAAACACAGUUUGGUGAUCGCUGCAGCAUUCUGAAAUCUGAAACUUCUGGUUUUGAUCUUCAAUCAAUCUUCAGGGUGAAAGAACAGACAGUCUAGAAGCAGCAGACUCCUUGGUCACUACAGGAAAAGGUGCUACACACUGGCCUUUAGAAGAUCCUAACUGGGACCCCAUAUGCCUGAGCAUUUUAAUAACUUACAAGAGUAGCUCCCCUUGAAGGCUUGGUCCCCAGGGUCCCAGGCUGGGGCCUUGGAAGGUGACUGCCUGUGCAGAUCCCCAGAAGUCAUCAGGUGUGACAGCCAUCCACCCGAGGAAGCCCAAAGGCCAGAGGACCCAGCCAAGGACUCGGACCCUGGGACUGCAGGGGAGAGGGGAGCCUCCUUCCCAGGGAGAUCCUGGUCCCAGUGAGCCCCUACGGAGGAAAGCUUUGGUCUGGUGGCCCAGAUGCUUGAGGAGGGAGGUCUGCCCUCUGAGGGCACAGCCCACACCCAAAGCCCCGGGGAGGAGGUGAAUGAAGGCAAGGCCCCCCCUGUGCCCCCAUCGGACACUUCCAAGGUGAAGGAGCCCGUGACCUUCAGGGACGUGGCCGUGAACUUCACCCCAGAGGAGUGGGGGCAGCUGGGCCCAGCUCAGAGGCAGCUGUACUGGGACGUGAUGCUGGAGACCUACCGGAACCUGGUCUCCCUGGGGCUGCCUGUCUCCAAACCGGACGUGAUCUCCUGGCUGGAGCAUGGGGAUGGUGGCCCCCUCCAAGCACUCCCCCACCAUCCUCCAGACUCAGAGCCUCAGUCUAAGACCAAGGAGACAACUUCAGAGUCGAGCUGUCUUCAAGAAGCAUGCCAAAGCGUGACAGUAGAAAGAUUCCGAAGGUGCAGGCAGUCCAUUCUGAAGGAAACAGGAGAAUGUGAGAAUCCAAUAAAGAAGCAGCUGAGGAACCAGGAAAGACAUGUAAGACAAGCCCAGAAACAGCAGCAGAUUCUCACAGGAGAGAAAACUCAUAAAUGUAAUGAAUGUGGGAAAGCGUACAAGAAGAGUGCAAACCUUAUUAUCCAUCGUAGGCUUUGCAAAUGUGAAUGUAAAGAAUGGGGCAAUGCCUUUAGUGAUCGUUCAAAUCUCAUUAAACAUCAGAGAACUCAUGCUCGAGAGAAGCCUUAUCAAUGCAAUGAAUGUGGGAAAGCCUUCCAUCACCACUCACAUCUGGUGAAACAUCAGAGGAUUCAUACUGGAGAGAAACCUUAUCCAUGUAAUGAAUGUGGGAAAGCCUUUAGUCAGUGCUCCAGCCUUAUUCAACAUCAAAGAAUUCAUACUGGAGAGAAGCCAUAUAAAUGUGAUGAAUGUGGGAGAGAAUUCAGUCAUCGCUCACACCUUAUUAAUCACCAGAGAAUUCAUACUAGAGAGAAACCUUAUCAGUGUAGUGAAUGUGGGAAAGGGUUCAGUCAGUGCUCCAGUUUUAUUAAGCAUCAGAGGAUUCACACUGGAGAGAAACCUUAUAAAUGUAACACAUGUGAGAAAGAGUUCAGUCACCACUCACACCUUACUAAUCACCAAAGGAUUCACACUGGAGAGAAACCUUACAAAUGUAAUGAGUGUGGGAAAGAAUUCAGUCAUCGCUCACAUCUUAUUGUACACCAGAGGAUUCACACUGGAGAGAAACCUUACAAAUGUAAUGAGUGUGGGAAAGCCUUCAGUCAUAGCUCAAACCUUAUUGCACAUCAGAGGAUUCAUACUGGAGAGAAGCCUUAUAAGUGUAAUGAAUGUGGGAAUGCCUUUAGUCACCGCUCAAACCUUAUUAAACAUCGAAGGAUUCAUAGUGGAGGGAAAUCUUACCAAUGUAAUGAGUGGGAAAGCCUGCAGUAAACCACUCAUGUCUCAUUGCACAUCAAAGUGUUUGUACUUUUGAGAAACCAUGAAAAUGAAGAUGGAAAAAGCUUUCGUUAUUGUUCACACCUCACCGCAGAGAUGUCAUGUAGAGAAGAGAGUGCAGAACGUCCAAUCAAGAGUACUUGGGGUUGAGUCUCACCAAGGACAUUUAUUAGCUAUGUGCCAUGGACAAGUCACUGAGCUUAAGUUUUUUCAUCUAUAAAAUGGGACUAAUUAUAACACCUUACAAGGGUUGUUUUGAGAGCCAAAUGAGACAAUAUAUAUAAAGUGAAAACCUUAAAGCGUUAUGUGGCAAUUAUUAUUAAUAAUAAACACCAGAGGCUUCACACUGGAGAGAUUUUUUGUUAACUUAAUAUAGGUGAGGGGGCGGCUAGGUGGUGCAGUGGAUAAAGCACGGGCCCUGGAUUCAGGAGUACCUGAGUUCAAAUCCGGCCUCAGACACUUGACACUUACUAGCUGUAUGACCCUGGGCAAGUCACUUAAAACCCAUUGCCCCGCAAAAAAAAAAAACACCCAAAACCCCCCAAAAAACAAACAAACAAGAAAAAAAAAACUUAAUAUAGGUGAGAAAAAUCUUCAUUUAGAUGGAAUUUUCCAAACUCUGGGGCACAAGACCCUUUUAGGGGAAGAACAAAUCCGUGGUAGAGAGAAUUCUGCCUUGGGAGCUGCCUAUGCCAGUGACAUCACUGUUUCUGUCCCUACCCCUUCUUCCAUGAAAACAAAGUUCAAAUAGUCAGGGAAGGUGAGAUUCAAUGGAGUGUAGUCAUUCAAGGUCAUACAUGAGUGUUUUGUGUUGGCAUUUGAGGCAUCAUUGCCAACCAUCAGUAAAGAUAUAUAGCAAAUGAGGUUUAUCUUUGGGUCAUUGUCCUGCAUUCAAAGUGAAACAUGAAAACUUGAAACGCUAUAGUCUUCAUGUGGAAGGUCGAGAUGGCCUAGUACGUGCAAUAUUGCUCGACAUCAUUUAUUUGGACAAGGACAGUAUAGUCUUGUUUCUAAAAAUCCUGUAAUUAAAAAGAUGGAAAUAACUA